GAGAGCCUACAAGAACAAGAAAGACAGCACAAAACAAACCAAGUGGGAGCAAAAGUAGCAGCAGCUCUAGGAAGCUUAUCUCAGCGGCAGAGUCCCUCGGAGUAUUUUAAAGCCACAGAGUAACACCAAUGGGGGAGGAAGAAAAGAAACCAGAGGAAACCAAAGUAGAGGAGAAAAAAGAAGCAGAGGAGCCCAAAAAGCCUGAAGAGGAGAAGGAAGAAAAAAAGGAAGAAGAAACCAAAGCUGAACCUUCUCCUCCACCAGAGAUUGUGCUCAAAGUGUUCAUGCAUUGCGAAGGUUGUGCUCGCAAGGUUCGCCGCUCCCUCAAAGGAUUCCCAGGGGUUGAAGAUGUAAUCACGGAUUGCAAAUCUCACAAGGUGGUAGUUAAAGGUGACAAAGCGGAUCCUGUUAAGGUUCUGGAGAGAGUGCAGAGGAAGAGCCACAGGCAUGUUGAGCUUCUUUCUCCAAUUCCAAAACCUCCAGAGGAGAAAAAAAUCCAAGAGGAAGAGGCAAAGCCCGAGCCAGAGAAGAAGAAAGAAGAGCCUCAGGUUGUGACUGUUGUUCUGAGAGUUCAUAUGCAUUGCGAAGCCUGUGCUCAAGAAAUGAAGAGACGGAUUCAGAGAAUGAAGGGAGUGGAAUCGGUGGAACCGGAUUUGAAGAACUCGCAAGUAAUAGUGAAGGGCGUUUAUGAUCCUACAAUGUUGGUUACAUACGUGUACAAGCGGUGCGGGAAGCAUGCAGUGAUCGUGAAGCAAGAACCAGUGAAAGCAGAGGAAGCAAAAGAGGAGAAGAAAGCCGAGGAUGGUGAGAAAAAGGAGGAGAAGAAGAGUGAGGGAGAGGGGAAAAAAGAAGAAGAAAAGAGCGAUGGUAAAGCAGGGGAGAAGAUCGAGGACGCGGCGGCAACGACAACGAUAGAAGAGACAGUGGUGGCGGAGGUGAAGAAAUAUGAAUACGACUAUAACCCACAAAGCUAUGGCAUGAACUUGUAUGCAUACCCUGCGCAUGACCACCCUACGUACGACCACCACGCGUACCCACCACCCCAGAUGUUCAGCGAUGAGAACCCAAAUGCUUGCACUGUCAUGUGAAAAGUUACUUAGAAAUGUUUGAUACACAUCUAAUUUUGGGCAAAACUCAAUAGACAUGUAUUAAUGGUGGCGGUUAAAAACGCUGCUAAUGUGUAUAUCUAUUGAAUGUUGGUCCAAAAUAGACAUCUAUGAAUCAACACUCGAAGCUACUACGAUUGAGAAAAGUGUUAGGGGUGGUACAAGAAUUUAGGAAAAUUGUGAAAUUUACGAGUUACUUGUGUUGUGCCCUCCUAAAUGUUCCUUCCAUAUAAAGGUAAUUAAGGAUGUUCUUAGUUCUUGUAAAAUUUAUAAAUAUUUUAUUUUAGUUUUUAA